AUGACAUGUUGUCUCUCUUCUAUGCUUUUAGGAACUGAAAGGGAGUAUGCUUUCAAUAUACCUCCUACAUGCUCCGGAGUCGUGACCAAUAGGUGCGACCUCAAGGUUGUCGAGCAUGUAUUUAAGAAUCUAGAUGAUGAACAUAAAGAUUUAUUUGUGGAAUCUUGCUUCCGACCACUAGUGCACAUUCCGGAGUUGAAAUUGGCAUCUCAAUUAAUCCACCACCUUGUAGCAAGGACCUUGAAAUCACCCGACAAUGAAAAAGAUGCCAUGACCUUGAAAUCACCCGACAAUGAAAAAGAUGACGUGUGGUUCAAAUUUGGAGAAAAGGAAGCCAGAUUCGGGUUACAAGAAUUCUCUCUUGUAAGCGGUUUAAAGAUUGUGGAUGACGUGUCUUACGAGGUCCCCAAAAGAAGUAGUUCACUUUUAGAUUUAUUCAAAGAGAAGAAAGGGAAGAUAAUGAAGAAAGACUUGCUCGAGCAAUUUGAUGGUUUGGUAGAGAAGGAAGAUGCAGAUUUGAAGUACAAAUUGGGGCUUCUCAUUGUCCUCGAGUAUGCGGUAUUGUCUAACGAGUGCCGGACUCUUGUGGAUGAAAGAUGGUUUCAUCUCGUUGAAGAUUUGGAACAAUUUAAUAACUAUCCUUGGGGGAACCUUUCGUACGAGUACACCGUUUGGGCAUUUGAGGCACUGCCUGAGCUUGGAAGAAAAUUUGGUCAAACUUAUGGUGGUGGCAGACUUCCGAGAAUGAUCUCUUGGAAAAUUAGUAAACAGUGGCGAAGCGAGCAAAUUAGUAUGUUUUUCGACGCGUCGGAGGUUGAAGUUCGACGAACGUUACAACCCUCAAGUGAUGAAGUUGAAACUUCAUACUUGAAGGAAUUUGCUAUAACCGAGGAAGAAGCAAUUAUACCUAAAGAUGAGGAAGAAGAAGAAAAAGAAGAAAAAGAAGAAGAAGAAAAAAAUGAGGAUGAGGAUGAGGAGGGUGAGGAAGAGGAGGAAAAGGAAGAAGACAAAAAUGAUGCAUCUCAAUCAUAUCCACCACAACCGCAAGUUUUUUAUGCUGAAAAUAUUCGAAGUAUAGUCAGGCAAGUUGUGACGGAAGUUGUGAAGGACGAGAUGAGAAUAUUUUCUGAGCAAAUGGAGAUGAAUGGAGAUGAAGAUGGACCGAAUGGAGAUGAAUAUGGAGACGGAGAUGAACAAUUUUUUUGA